AUGAUUGAGGAAGCGCCAGAUGGUCGCGAAUUUGUCGUAGUUGAGUUGGACAAGCUGGUUCCUGGCAUCAACUGGGCCUCUGUGCUCGAGCCAAAGGUGGAGGUCCUGGGUCCGUAUGCAAACCCUGUGGUCGAGUUGCCAGUCCUGACACGAGAGGAGGAGAGCCUUGUGGACGAGACCUUGCGGCACUUGCAGAGGACGAAGAGAGUGCUACAGCCUGUGGAAGGCCGCGCGGGAGCCUUCGGCGAUGUGCUUACGGUCGACAUGCAGGGCUAUGCCAUGAAGGAGGAUGGAUCGCGAGGCGAGGAGUUGGAUGUGGGAUCAGCCACGGGCUUGGAGCUGGAGCUGGGGGCCAGCAACUUCUCCGCCGAGGUGGAACAAAGCCUGGAUGGCAUAUCCGUGGGAGAAACUCGUGACGUGCAGGUCACUCUUGGCCAGCGAGCUGGAGGUAUGGGCGGGCAACAAAUCAUCUGUGCUGUGACAUGCCAAGAGGUCAAGGAGCAGCAGCUUCCAGAGCUCAAUGACGAGUUUGCCAGAGAAAUCAAGCGCGAAGAACAGUUCAAGCAGGCAGGGACCAUGGAAGGCAUCCCUGAGGAGGAGGAGGGUUCGGCCGAGAACUUCUCCUUGGCGGACCUCCGCGCCGAGAUCGGGCGGGAAGUACAACAAGUUGCUCAGACGCAGUCCAACGAUGUCGUCGACACGCAGCUGCGAUCACAUCUGCGCCAGACACUGAAGGUCAAGUGCGAGUGGGCCGAUCUCCAAACGGAAGAAGCCACUGACGAGGAGCUUUCCGUUGCCAUUCGCUUUAUCGCAGAGAAGGAGGGCCUAAUGCAGAACAUUGAUAUGGAUGAUGUGGAGCGAAAAACUUGGAGCAAGUUGGGAGAACCGGAGGAGGGAGAGACCAUUAAGCAAGUUGGCAAAGAUCCAGCACGCGAGUACCAGGACGCGCAUCGCGAAAUUCUGCGCAGCCGCUUGACGGAGGAGGCAUCGCGACUGACGGUCAAUCGGAGGGUGCCUUUGUUGCCCGCGGCUUUUUUCCUCGAGACCUUGCGGCGUGGAGCCAAAGGCCAGGUCGUCUUGGACGCAGGAGAUGGACAUGCAGCAGCGGCGUUCGGCCAGCGAAGGUUUGUGCUGAGCUAUUGCUGGGUUGAAAUCAGGGACAGAGAUAGCCUGGAUGAUUGGCGGCGUGCCUACGACAACAGGUUCAUGGUCACCUCGCUGCAGUACAUGCAUCGCCACGUUGGCGACUGCGUCGACCAAGUCUAUCGCACGCACGCCGAAAAGCAGGAUUAUUUCCGACAACAUCAGCUGCCGAACCUGACUUGGAUGGACCUGAAUAUGAUGACGCAUGAUCGAUCAUUGCGGCAACGGCAGCCAGCGUACUUCGGAGAUGUGGGGGGCCCGCCGAGAAUUGGGGUCUUAGCGAAGCGGCAAGCAACUCCUCUGGCUAAUCGUGUUCUCCAGCCGAAGCUGAAUCUGGGAAGCAAGGCGUGGCCGGCUACAUCGGCACUGCAAGACCAGCUAAUGCUCGCUAUGACUUGUUGCCAAAGAUCUACAGAGACCACGGCAGACUACGGCCGGGCUCGUUUCUUUUUGAGCCAAACAAGGAUCGUAGCAAUAUACUGCAAUCCUUUGCACAAUUGCCCAUGUUUUGCUACGUUGUUACCUAUUCUUGCUACACCAUGGUGA